UUGCAGCCGCUUCCGUCGCCAUUUUUGUUGCGAACGUAAACAGCCGCGGUGCGCCCGGACUCGUUCUCGCUUCGCGACUCGACGACGAGCGGACAUGAACGAAGGCACCUGAAACGAUUCGCCGCCGGGGUAAGAGGCUCGUUGUGACGUCACGCCGCCCUUUUCCGACCGCUGUCACGCGCGCCGUCGUUUGCCGUCAACGGCGAUGGAGAGCCGCUAAGAUGCGGUGACGGCGUCGCGGCGUUUCCUCGCAGAUGGGACUUCCGCCUGGAUUUCCACACCGGGGAGGAGCGGAGCAGCUUUAAACCGCGGCCGGGGCCGGGGUCGGGAGGGGGUUGCCCCGGUGCCCCGGUGCCCCGGUGCCCCUUCGACAUGGACCGGGAGUACGAGAGGCGACUCCUGAGGCAAAUCAACCUCCACAACUUGCCGGCCGAGGCCCGGAUCACCAGGUGCGGAAGCGCGACGCGCAGCCCGGUCGGCGCGAAGUCCGGGGACCGCUUCAUCCCGACCCGCGCCGGAAGCAACUGGAGCGUCAACUUCCACUACGCCAACGAGAACUGUCGCUCCCCGGGCCAGAACCGCAAAGCCAAGGACGCCAGUUCGGAAUCGGGCAAAGAUACGCUGGCGUACGCCGCCUUACUGAGGAACGAGUUGCUGGGCGCGGGCAUCGAGUCGGUGUCGGAGCUUCGCACGGACGAAAGGCGCCACGCCGUCUCUCAAGGCUCUCAGAACCUCUUCCGGUACACGGUCCACACGAAGAGAGCGCCCUCCGGCGGCGAUAACGAAGUCUCGCCCUACUCGCUUUCGCCGCUCACCACCAAGAGUCACAAGCUUCUCCGCUCGCCGCGUAAGCCGGCCCGCAAGAUCUCGAAGAUCCCCUUCAAGGUGCUGGACGCCCCGGAGCUGCAGGACGACUUCUACCUCAACCUGGUCGACUGGUCGGCGGGCAACUUGCUCAGCGUCGGUCUGGGGGCCUGCGUCUACCUGUGGAGCGCCUGCACCAGCCAGGUGACGCGCCUGUGCGACCUUUCGGCGGACGGCGAUUCCGUGACGUCCGUUUGCUGGAACGAGCGGGGGGGCCUGGUCGCUGUCGGGACCCACAAAGGUUACGUUCAGAUCUGGGACGCGGCGGGCGGGCGAAAGCUGACCAGUUUAGAAGGCCACUCGGCUCGUGUGGGCGCCCUGGCGUGGAACGGGGAGCAGCUGUCGUCGGGAAGUCGCGACCGGGUGAUCUUGCAGCGGGACAUCAGAACCCCGCCGUCCGCCGAGAGGAGGUUGCAGGGCCACAGGCAGGAAGUGUGCGGCCUCAAAUGGUCACCUGACCAUCAGCAUCUGGCAUCUGGCGGCAACGACAACAAGCUCCUAGUGUGGAACAGCUCCAGCCUGCUCCCGGUGCAGCAGUACAGCGAACACUUGGCCGCCGUCAAGGCCAUCGCUUGGUCCCCUCACCAGCACGGCCUGCUGGCGUCCGGAGGCGGCACCGCCGACCGCUGCCUGCGCUUCUGGAACACGCUGACGGGUCAGGCGCUGCAGAGCACCGACACCGGCUCCCAGGUCUGCAACCUGGCCUGGUCCAAGCACGCCAACGAACUGGUGAGCACUCACGGCUACUCUCAGAACCAGAUCUUGGUGUGGAAGUACCCGUCGCUGACGCAAGUGGCCAAACUGACCGGGCACUCCUACAGAGUCCUCUACCUGGCCGUGUCGCCCGACGGCGAGGCCAUCGUCACGGGCGCGGGCGACGAGACGCUUCGCUUUUGGAACAUUUUCAGCAAGACGCGUUCCACCAAGGAGUCGAAGUCCGUGUUGAACCUUUUCACGCGAAUCCGGUAGACCGAGCGGCGCUGCCCGCGAGAUGGCCGACCUGCGGCGCUUUGCCACCGUGCGUGGCUCUUUUCCUUUUGUUUUUGACAACAAUCUGCACUCUAAUCAUCUUGUUCGUGCCCCUCGACAUCAGUCAAUUUAAAAAACAAAAAAAUGGGCAUCUCAAUCAUGAUUUUUGUUUGGACAAGUGUUUCAUUUUAUGGUAUAUUCGAAUAAAGGACUCUGACGUGAGGGAGAUCGA